AAGGAUCAUGGGAAUACAACGUUCUGCCUCAAGGGAUAAAGAACGGGCCUCCAACGUUCCAAAGAAUCAUUAACAAUACAUUGGGAAAUUUGAGGUGGGAUUGUGCUCUUGCGUACAUCGACGAUAUAAUUAUAUUCUCCAGAACCUUUGAUGAUCAUACAAAGCACCUCGACCGUGUCUGUUCUGUGUUGGCUCAUGCAAAUUUUCGACUCAACAUCGAGAAAUGUGAAGUGUAUCAACGAGAAAUAAAAUUCUUGGGCCAUCGAGUAAAUGAACAUGGAUUUUAUUACCAUUAGAAGAAAAGGUCCAGGCUGUUAAAGAAUUAACAAUACCAAAAACAGCUAAACAGGCUGUUUCAUUUGUAAAAGCUGCUGAAUUAAUCUUUUAAUGAUAUCAACGUGCUCUCUCUCUCUUUAGAAGUGAAAAUUUUUUCACUCAAAAAUUACUUUUAAAAAUCCAAACUAGAGUCUGUUCUAUGUAACUUACCUAUCGAUCAAAGAAAAGUAGGAAUUUCGUGAAGCUAGAUCUAAAGACAACCAAUCUAUUUAUUUACUUUUUCCUGCUUUCAGAUUGAAUGUGUCAUUAAUGGCUGAACUUGAUAAAUCUUCAUCGAGUGCUGACGUUGGAGAAUACGUGGAGCAUAGAAAAGUACCAGUUUUAGGACUUUGCGAGGGAAUGUUUCAUGAUCAAGAGGGUAAUUUAUGUGGAAUGGUUUUACGUUAUGAUCAAGAUAGUGGACAUUUAGUACCAUACCCAACAGAAAAUAAACGACACCACGGACUACAAAUUGAGCAAGUUUGGCCAUCGGUAUCACAUUUAUUAGCAGUUUAUAUCAAUGACAAUGAUCCUACUGAUAUUACAAUAUUUACGUCAUCCACGAGUCGAAUUGGACCAGAUCGUUUUUUAACAACUCUACACUCUAUCGUCCGAAAACGUCAAAUUCGUGACACGACAUUACCGCGAACGACGUUACCGCGAAUACAAAAAACGACAUUACCGCGAAGACUCGUUUAUUGGAAAAGAAGAAUAAAUGAGCCUGGUUAUGUAUUUUAUAUAUCAUGA